UCCUCAAUCACAGACUCACAGAGCAUUUUGUGUUCGUAGUUCGUCUAGAGUGGGUGUGAAGUAGAGAAGGCAAAUUGAAAUCUACACUAAAUUCUUUCGGAACUGCAAUUGUGAAUCUACCUAUAAUCGCGGCUGAUGCAGCGCAAGGAAGAACUACAUGUUGCUGACUGCUGAGUGCUGACUCGUCAGUCUUCGCUGAUGUGCAGUGUAGAGAACAAGUAUCAUGUGAUAGUCUGCAUUCUCCGAAGCGGUAAUAGAUUAAAAGUUUACCAACAUGAGUCAAAGCUCAGGCAUGGUGGGGUGCCCACAACACCCUGACGCGCUACUCAUCGAGGACCACAGAGCUGGCGACCAGAUCUGCUCCGAGUGUGGUUUGGUGGUGGGGGACAGAGUAAUUGAUGUUGGGUCCGAGUGGCGCACCUUCAACAACGAGAAGGCGAAUGGCGACCCGUCUCGCGUUGGUGGGCCCGAGAACCCACUUCUCAACGGCUCUGACCUCAGCACCAUGAUUGGUCCCGCCAUUAGUGGGUCAUCGGGACCCACUAAUGAGAGGGACCAGGCCCAACCGAGCCAGUCCAUCAACGGCCGUUAUCACAACCGCAGAGUUCUCAGCAGUUCAGAUCGAGCUCUGAUUGCAGCCUUCAAAGAAAUUUCCCUUAUGUCUGAAAAAAUCAACCUUAGCAAAGCCAUCGUUGAUCGAGCAAACUUUCUUUUCAAGCAGGUGAACGACGGAAAAAAUCUGAAAGGCCGCAGCAAUGACGCCAUAGCAUCGGCGUGCCUUUACAUCGCCUGCAGGCAGGAAGGAGUACCUAGAACCUUCAAAGAAAUUUGCGCCGUGAGCAAAGUGAGCAAGAAGGAGAUUGGGCGUUGCUUCAAGCUCAUCCUGAAUGCCGUCCAAACCUCUGUAGAACUCAUCACCACAGGGGACUUCAUGUCGAGGUUCUGUCGACUGCAUCAAUAUGCUGAUGCUUUACAGGUGCUGAAGGCAGCUACGUGUAUCGCUAAGCGAGCUGUAGACGGCGACCUUGUAGCUGGUCGCUCUCCGAUAUCUGUGGCUGCUGCGGCCAUAUACAUGGCGUCUCAGGCUUCGGCGGACAAGAAAACCCAAAAGGAGAUCGGCGACAUCGCUGGCGUGGCCGAAGUGACCAUCCGCCAGUCCUACAAACUCAUGUACCCCAGAGCCCAGGAUCUCUUUCCUGAAGGUUUUGAGUUUUUCACUCCUGUAGAGCUGUUGCCGCAAUUGUAA